CCCCCUCGUAACGAAAAGACUACAUUUUCCAACGGUACCGGAGGAGCAGAGGUAUGAAGCACUUCCUCCGCCGUUGCCAUCACGGAUAACAAUGGCGGAAAAGCGCAGGAGCGGGACUACAUCAGGGAUGUCCGAAGUCAAACCAACUAAAUCGGACGGUGACAGAGAGUUUCUCACGCAGACGGGAGUGGGAGAGCUGAUCCGCGGAGCCCUCCUGAAGAUGGUCGAGGCCAAGUCAGAAGACCCCAUCGGCUUUUUGGCUGACCAUUUCUGUAACUUGGCGUCCGUGUCAGACGCCGGAACGGCCGGAUGCGGCGAUGGGGACCAGCUGAAUGACUGCGCAGGCGCACAAGAGCAGCAGCAGCACCUCAACAGGGCGCUGUGGCAUUUGCGGCUGGCGCAUCACUCGCAAAGAUGUGCCUUCAGUAACAAUGUUCAAGUUGCAUAUGACCUUCUGAGUCAUACUGGGCCCCGGAGAUUUCAGAGCGGAAUUUCCGAGGGCUCAGAAGGCUCCUGUAACAGUGGCCGCACUGGUGGUGGGGUAAGAGGGAGCCUCUAUACUCAGACACUGCAGUGCCUUUGCAGUGAAGGCGGGGUUCCUGCCUCCACAUCUGCUCCUCUGCUUCGCCGCCUCCACUGCCAGGACCAUGAGGCUGUCCCCUAUGAUCUCUUCCGACAUGGUGUGCUGACAUGUGCUGUGUUCUCAGACUACAUCCGCCAGGCACAGAAACUUUAUGCUGAGGUGUGCUGCCCAGCUGAGAAGCCUGCGUCACGGGCACUGUGCCUAGCUGUGCUCGGCACCCUCCAGGAGGCCCUGGAGACAUCCAGAGGCUGUGAUGCUAGCCACUGUGCUAACGCUAACACUAAGGUCAACUCCUGCCUGGAGACUAACCUGAAGGCAAGUCGCUACCUGGAAGCAAGCGCUAAGAUUUCCCCCUACAAGCUGGCCCAGGCCAUGGCCGGAGCAAGGACAGGGGGACCAGGUGGAAACAUGGAUGCAAAGGAGUUUGAGAAUGCAGCAGCAGAACUCUUUAUUACCCGUGUUAGAGUUGUGUCCUAGGUUUAUAUCCUGUAUUCUAAUAAAUAUAUAAAUAUGUACAGCCGUUCAUAGCCGGAGCUGGUGACUAGUUAGCUAAUCCUAGUAAAUUAAUCUAGAGUUUAGAAUUAGAUAUUACCCAUGAACACAAAUAUAUAUAUAAAAAAAAUUUCAAUUUAUCAGAAUAGUAAACAGUGGCACAAAUUUAUUUCACACACACCAACAAAUUCCCACACAGCUAAAAGUAUGCAUAAUAUCUGGUUUUGUUUACACUUUGUUCAGUAACUAUUUUAUCUUACUCCUAAUCAUUAAUAUUACACCAAGGUACAGCUCCAUAUAUACAUAGAUGUAGGGAGAAAUUGAGAAAUCUGUCAGAAAUAACAUAGAAAGUACAAAGUAGCACUGCUGUGUCAAAGAGAGUGGAGAAAAUUAAUUCUCAGAGAAUUUUGAUAAACUAUUUAAUACAUAAUAAAUACAUGGAAUUUAAAUAUUGUGUACUAUAGUAUUGAGACAGUGAUAUGCACACAAAGGCCAAAAGUAAGUGACUGUGAUUGAUUCGAUGGUAAAAUUUGCACUUUAUUAUUAUUAUUAUUAUUAUUGUUAUAUUCACUGACAUAUACUUGAUGUUGCUUGGGGGUGGUUGGUUCCUGGGUGACGGUGAAGGGACUGGUUGCUAAUGGUUGCUCCACUCGAAUAAAGUGGCACUAGCCUGUUUCAAAGAGUGUUCUUCCAAUCUAUUCUGUGAACCAGUGCACUCAUGUUUCAAUGUAUAACUGAACUCCAUUAAAGUUGAC